GAAGCCUCAGAGGCAAGUGUAUCAUUACAGCCUGUCCAGUCAGAGAGCAACCGCCUCAGCACACCCCCAGGAACAGACCCAGCCCUCCCGCAGCCACACAGGGCUCUCCGUCUUGAUCACCCGCAAGGCCUGGCAAGACAAGCUCUCUUCAUGACACUCUGAGUGCACCUCCACACUGUCCCUGCCCACCACAGUCUGACAUUUGGGAGCUCAGGCAGGACAGACUCCUAACCUUGAAGGAAGAAAGGAAGACACAUGGGGGCCAAACAGUCCAGGGCCAGCUCCAGUGACAAGGACCCCAAGAGGCUGCUGGUGGGAAAGAGGCAGAAGUUCUCUUCGUGGGACGACACCCUGCUCUUGGGGAAGGACCCACGGUCGCUGCUGAAGCGCGGCUUGAGGCAUGUCAGCUUCAGCUUAGUCACUAAAGGAAUGACAGACAUCCCAGACUUCCUGUGGGGCUUGUUGGAAGUCCAGAAACUCAAUCUGUCCCACAACCAGCUGCGAGUUCUCCCUCCUGAGGUGGGCAGGCUGACCCGGAUAGUGGUCCUGAACCUGUGUGGCAAUCGCCUCAAGAGCCUCCCCAGAGAAGUCAGCCUCCUCCAGAGCCUCAAGGUCCUGUUCCUCAACAUGAACUGCCUGGCGGAGGUGCCUGCUGAACUCAGCCUGUGCAGGAACCUGGAAGUGCUGAGCGUGUCACACAACUGCCUGUCCCAACUCCCAGCCAGCUUUGCAGACCUCUCCAGGCUGCGGAAGCUGAACCUCAGCAACAACUAUUUUUCUCAUAUCCCCAUCUGCGUGUUCUCCUUGAAGGAGCUGGAUUUCUUGCACGUGGGCUCCAACCGCCUGGAAAACAUUGCCGAGAGCAUCCAGUGCCUGGCUGGCCUGCAGAUUUUCAUCGCGGAGAGCAACAGCAUCCACUCCUUCCCCAGGUCACUCUGUCUGGUCACCAGCCUGGAGCUACUAAACCUGAAUGACAAUGACAUCCAGACCCUCCCAGAUGAACUCUACUUGCUGUGCAGACUGGGGAGGAUUGCGUGGAACCCCAUGGACAAAGGGCUGCACAUUUCCCAUAACCCUUUAUCCAAACCCCUGCCAGAGCUGGUGGAGGGAGGUUUGGAGAUGCUCUACAGCUACCUGAAGGAGAAAAAGCACAGCUGAUGUGGACAGAGGAGGUACGGACCUCAGAUGCAGGGACACAAGUCCUGGGCUUCCUUAGCUGGGGCUGCCUCUCUAGUGUUAAGCUUUCUGGUUGCGUUAGUGUCUAUUGGCGCCAGGCUCCUGUUUGCUAACUUGUUCUGGAACAUCUGA